GAACCCAAUAAAUAUCAGGGUCUUCUGCCACAAAAAGACAAUAGAAACUCCAUCCCUCCCUCUUUUCAUUUCACACACAGUUUUCCUUCUCUCUCUUCUACCUGGUCCACUCUAAUCGUAGAAUACAUGUUAUUUCCGUGUAGAAGACUCACAAAAGUCUAGAUAACCCAUCUCUCUCUUGUGGUGGAGUAGGAGGUGCGUCUAGUUUCUUCAGCUUUUGUGUUAAACUUGGUUGCCAAAUUGUGGUAUCAGACUACCAGAGAGGCAGAGACCAUGUUUAGCCGUUGGACUAAUUCUCAUCAUGAUCAGGAGAAUGAUCCACAUCAGGCUGAGUUAAAGGUCAAUGAACUUAAGGAUGCAAUUGGACCUCAAUCUGGACGUAGUUUACAGUUUUGUACCAAUGCAUGCUUUAGGAGAUAUUUGGAAGCUAGGAACUGGAAUGUAGAGAAAUCAAAAAAAAUGUUGGAAGAGACACUCAAAUGGAGAUCAACCUUUAAACCUGAGGAAAUUCGAUGGAAUGAAGUUGCAAUUGAAGGUGAGACUGGAAAAAUAUACAGAGCAAAUUUUCAUGACCGAAAUGGGAGGAGUGUUCUUAUACUAAGGCCAGGAAUGCAGAACACUGCAUCUUUGGAUAAUCAGAUGCGACAUCUAGUGUAUCUCUUAGAGAACGCUAUCCUUAACCUUCCAGAGGGUCAAGAACAAAUGUCAUGGUUGAUUGACUUCACUGGGUGGUCAAUAACCAACAAUGUGCCCAUCAAAUCUGCUCGAGAGACUAUCAAUAUUUUGCAGAAUCACUACCCUGAGAGGCUCGCCAUAGCAUUUCUCUACAAUCCCCCACGGAUUUUUGAAGCAUUCUGGAAGAUUGUCAAGUAUUUCUUGGAGGCAAAGACAUUCCAGAAGGUGAAGUUUGUGUACCCUAAAAAUAAAGAUAGCGUGGAGCUCAUGAGGACAUACUUCGACGAGCAAAAUCUUCCCAAAGAGUUUGGAGGAAAAGCCUUAUUGAAUUAUGACUACGAGGAGUUCUCAAAAAUGAUGACUCAAGAUGAUGUCAAAUCCGCUGCCCUGUGGGGAUUGGACAUCAAGCUUCAACAAGCUGGCAAUGGAUAUUCAGGAGCUGAGGUGGCUCCGGAGCCAGUGUGUCUUGCACCAGCAGCUAGCUGAGCCAACUAUGCUAAUGCCCAUUGUAUUAUGGUAAUAAAGUUAUAGAAUUCUCACCAUGCCUGAAAUGCUUGUUGGACUGACUAAAAGAGAUGGAUCUGAAUUUAACUAAGAGUAGCCGUAAGUGUUGUUCCGGCUUAGGAUAAACAAAUUCAAUGUCCACUCCCUACUAUCUAACAGGGGAAUUUAUCUAUUUUUAAUAUACCUCACUUUGUUGCCAACAUCAUCCUCCCAUCUCACCUUGAAAUAUAGAUGUGAAGUGAAAUAGGCAUAUGAUGGCAUGGGUCCCCUUACUAGCUUCCUCGAAGUAAAGAAAUGAAAGAAUUCCGGCAUAUGAUGGGUUUAUCUC